CCCCCAGCAGACCUCACAGAGUUCAGAACUCUCAAACACCACGGAGUUUCAGGCAUCUCAGACCUCAGCUCGGUGCACAAUGUCCACCUCGACAAUGACCUCGGCGUGGUCGUUUGGCCGCGACCCCGCGUGCCAGUGGGGCGCGUCGCACCUCGGCGGAGAUGUCAAGACCUCCUUCGGGGAGAUGGAGCAAGUGGACUCGGGGAUCUGCUCGCUGAGCGACGAGGACAUGGCGAGGAUGAGGAACCUGAGUCUGCACUGCGGGGAGGUGGAGAGAUGCGAAUACGGGGAGAUGAGUUUGCCCGAAGACACGGACGAGGAUGGAGACAACCUCCUGCACCUCGCCAUCAUCCACGAAGCCACACACGUGGCUCACGAGCUGCUCAGGAGAGACCUGCAGCGCCGCCUCCUCAACGCCACCAACCACCUCAUGCAGACUCCACUGCACCUGGCCAUCGUCACGAACCAGGAGGAGCUGGCAGCGGCCCUGGCGACAGCCGGUGCGGAUAUCGAGGCGCAGGACCUGGCGGGGAACUCUCCGCUGCACCUGGCGUGCACCCUGGGCGCCCACGGAUGCCUGCGGGUGGUCACGUCGGCACAGAAUCCACGGGUCCUCACCCGUGCCCUCUGCACCCCCAACUAUGAAGGGCUCACGUGUCUCCACACCGCCGUGUUGAGGAGAGACAAAGAAAUGGUUGAAUACCUGCUGAGAAUCGGCGCCAACGCAAACGACGAGGAUCCCAGGAGCGGCCGCACGGUGUUACAUGCUGCCGUGGAGAUGCAAGACGAGGGGAUCUGCGAGACCCUGGUGUGGCACAAAGCCAACCCGAACGCGGCCGCCUGGGACGGGUGCACUCCGCUCCACGUGGCUGCCGGCCUGGGCCACGGGAAACUGGCCGCGCUGCUCUCUCGCCUCGGGGCCAACCAGAAGGCCCGCAACCUGGAGGGGGAAACGCCGCUCGAUCUGGCGCGCCACAACCCUUCGGUGCUGACGAUGCUGCAGUUUGAUGACAUUCGGAUCGAUGGGGAGCUGCUACACUGACGGGAGCCAACUUACCAACCCAUGCCAGCCCCCCUCCUGAACACUCGAGCCCCGCUCAAUGGCCUGUAUUCGGCAGCGUCAACACUGCCGAAACAGGACAGUGACUUCAUGGUGCUACCGACAUAACGCUCACGAACUGUGAUCAGAAAUAAAUAUACACUACAACACAAUGCCUGUAUAUGUAAAGUUGAUAUUUUUUUAUACUAUUGUGUGUGUCCAUGACUGCAAUGCAAUUCGAAUGUAUUGUAACAUAUUGUAUAUAUUUUUUUUUGGAUGUUAUAAAUAAACAUAUAUUUUUAACAA